UUAUGGAUUGUAUUAGACUCUCGUAUAUCUUGACAGAAGGUCGUUUUGACACGGGGUUUGCUUACAUUUGAAAUAAUUAGCUUAUUUAGCCAGCCGUGGCUAGUCCUGCAUGGAGAGCCUGCGGCGUUGGCCAGCUUGAAUUCAGUAAUGUUUAACUGGGCUAGUGGCUUCUACAACGACUAGAACAGCAUAAGUGCGCGGUAAUGAAUGUUUUAGGGGUGCUAGUUUGUGAACAGAACAGACUCGUUAAUAUCGGUUUGUGCCUUUUAUAGUAGUAGGGGCGAGCAAGCACUUAAUUUGAGGAAGUAUGGUGUAUAACGCAUGUUAAAAACAGCGAGUUGCCUGUCUAGAGAGCAUUUUUGUGUCUCACAAAAGCCUAAGUGUUUCACAAGCCUAUGGUGCAUAUAAACGCCGUCUAGGUUUUUUCACAAGCCUAUGUUGUGAAACACGACCAGGCAUUGUACUUGGAGCCUAAUGAAUAAUAUUCCUUCCCCAGAAGGGGGUGGGUGUCAUGCAGUUUUUACUACGCGCGCACAAUGUGGCCAUCAUCAGUCUGGGAUGGUGUAAUGUAGUUUGUAUAUUUGCAUUGGACUGUGCUUCCGUGUGUUGGUGGCAGUGGGUGGGUCUCAUGGACUUUGACAACCUGUUAUCUUGGUUUAAUCUGUGUGGGCUGUGGUGAGUAGGGCUUAUGCAGAACAGGGCCCUACCCUUUGUUGUAACUGAUCUUUUUCCCCACACACUUUGUGUGUUUAUUCUAAGGAUCAGCUCCGUUUUUCUCUUUGUAAACUUGUCUCUUAGCAGGUGAGUGCUGGGUGAAAAAUAAUGGCGCAUGUUGGGGCAGUAUUUGCAGCAAUGGCUGGUGUGAUGGCCAUUCUACUUCAUUCUUCCAUACACAAGAUCGAGGAAGGACAUUUAGCAGUUUAUUAUAGCUUCAAAGGUCUGGGCACUGUUCACAUGAAAUGGACCAACAGAGUUGAGAGAUUCUUCUAAAAAUCUUUGUUUUUUGUGCUGCAGAAGAAAGAAAGUCAUACACAUCUGGGAUAGCAAGAGGAGGAGGGGCUUUGCUGACCAAUCCCAAUGGCCCAGGUUACCAUAUAAUGCUGCCUUUCAUCACUUCAUACAGAUCAGUGCAGACAACUCUGCAAACGGAUGAAAUUAAAAAUGUGCCUUGUGGAACCAGUGGGGGUGUCAUGAUCUAUUUUGACAGAAUUGAAGUGGUCAACAUGCUGGUUCCAUCAGCAGUGGUGGACAUAGUAAAGAACUUCACUGCAGACUAUGACAAGACGCUAAUCUUCAACAAAAUUCACCAUGAGUUGAACCAGUUCUGCAGUGUGCACACACUACAGGAAGUCUACAUAGAGCUGUUCGACAUAAUUGAUGAGAACUUAAAGACUGCUUUGCAGAAAGACUUGAAUGCCAUGGCCCCUGGUCUCACUAUACAGGCUGUGCGAGUCACCAAACCUAAAAUUCCUGAGUCGAUCAGAAGAAACUACGAGCUGAUGGAAGCAGAGAAAACCAGAUUACUCAUCACCGCUCAGACGCAGAAAGUGGUGGAGAAAGAGGCUGAAACUGAGAGAAAGAAAGCUAUAAUAGAGGCUCAGAAAAUGGCUCAGGUGGCAGAGAUCCACUUCCAACAAAAAGUAAUGGAGAAAGAAACAGAGAAAAAGAUUUCAGAAAUAGAAGAUGCUGCUUUCCUGGCAAGGGAGAGAGCAAGAGCAGAUGCCGAAUAUUACACUGCUGCAAAGUUUGCUGAAGCCAACGGGCUAAAGCUCACACCGGAGUAUCUGGAGCUGAUGAAAUAUCAGGCUAUUGCAGCAAACAGCAAGAUCUACUUUGGUCAGGACAUCCCCAACAUGUUUGUAGAAAACAGUGCCUCACAACCAUCCAUGGGCCAGGGUGCAGCAGACUCAAUGGAGCAGUUGGAGUCCUUGACUAUAAAAGAGAGUCUUAAGAAAGCUUCAAAGUCCAAACCUUCAGAAGAGCACUGAGGGGCUCAAUGGCUGCCCUUACACCCCCCCCCCCACCCUCUUUCUCCUCCUCUCUUCAUGAGGCAUAUAUACUUUUCACUCAUGUACUACAGUAGUUUUGGGUGCUUGGCUAACUGUGCUGUGAGACAGUCAACUGAGAAAUGGAGGCAGUGAUUUACCAGGAGUCAUUUGUGGACUGAAAAAAAUUAUUACAGUGAAGAAAGUUUUCUCAAUCUGUGCUACUAAAUAUUUCCAGAUUGAAUUAUUGCGAUCCAAAUCUUUAUCCCCUUCAAUUUCCCUGAUUCACAUAAGCAUACUUCCUUUUCUUCUUUUAUUAUUUGCUCUUAAGUUUUGUUAACCUUUUCCAAAUCCAUGCUAAAUAUUUGUUUGAUGCAGGCUGUUGCAUUCGUGUAAUUUAUAUGAACAUUUAGAGGUUUACCUUAAUGUGUUGUCUUUUGAAAUAACUGGAAUUAUAAGGCAUCACACCAAUUGAGGUGUUGGCUAAUGCAGCUACAGUCUGAUAAUUGUUUUGUAGCCUAAGUUUGUCAUCUCUUUUCAUUUUAUAUGUUGUUAAAAGAGUUGCAGAUAUAAGUCCUCAUUUGCAAGGUCACUAAAUUCAUUAGGUAAAACCUUGAAUUAGUUCAAACCCAGCUGCAGAGAUAAGUGGCUUUUACAUAAGUAAAAAUUAUCUUGUUUUAAAAAUCACAUGCACUCUUUGCAAUUUCCCUUUAUUGUUGCUUGAUUUGUGAUCAAUAGUCUUUCUAAAUGAAUCUUCCUUUCUAACCCUAACCCACUCCUAGAUUUUCCUGAGUGAAUUUAGUUUCAUUUAAUGUCAGAAGUAGUGGGUUUGGUAUAGUAUUUUGUAGCAUUUUAGUUUGUGGGUGGCCUGUGGACAUUGAUUUACAUUGUUGAUUCAUUGUUGAGUAUGGGUAGGUAGGCUGUCAAAGUAAAAUGGUAAAGUUUGGUUUUCUUAAAGUUUUAGAACAAGAACUCAAGCAUUUGAAAAGAUGUGAGAUGGAUGUUAGAUCUGAUGGAAAAUAUUUGGUUUGCUCCUGAAUGCCUGUAUGACUUUAGUUUAGCUUGAUUGUUUUGUCAUUACUGGAAGGACUUUUAUUUAAAUGGAAUUUAAUUAAAAUAAGGGCUGCUGUUUUAUUAGGCACUACAAAAGAAAUGCACCAUUAUGAUGGGUGAAAGGAAAAUGAUCACACAUUAAAAAGUAUUCUGACAACAUAUUGCGGCUUUUUUGGUAGCUAGGUGAUCUUUUUUUUUAGUUGUCCUGUAGCCUUAAGAGUUUUAUUAUGUGACCACUAGGGGAGGCAAGUGAUCUUCAGGAAUCAAAAGACUGGACAACAAAGAGCUAAAUGAGCACUAUGUACAAAGACAUGGUUUGCAUUGUUAAGCUUGCCACAAAAGGUGUCAACAUCUGUAUAAAUUGAUUUUAUAUGCCAGUAAUGCAAUGCAUUAAAUUAAACCAUCCUAACAAGGUUUUAAGUGGAGUGUGUCUAUUAGUGCUGUCUCUCAGGAAAGAGUUCUCUAACUUGAAUGACCUGCUUUUUUGGUACCCUACAAUAAACCAACAACCUAAUAGUAAACUUAGUCAGUUGUACAAUUGUGUGCUCUGUUUGGGAAUGUGUACCAAAAGAGGGACAAACAGACAACCGUUCAUUUAAAACUGAAUUUUCAAACCAUGACCACAUUAUGCUCCGUUCUGUGUCACUCCUUUUUUUUUCUUCCUCCACUGUUUUCUUUCAGGGUAUAAGUUAAACAGUUUCAGACGCUUAGAAGAAAAUCUCAAAACUGAACACAAUCUUUCUGUUUGUAUGAUCCCUGUGAUACUUAUGGUUGAUUAAAUGAGAGAAUGGAACUUGACUGCCCUGUAAUAAACCCACUCUGUUAAUGUCACGUUUUUUACGUCAGCAUAAUUUAAUCUCCUUAUUUUAAAACAUUUAUAUGCAAAAUUUAUAAAGUUUUUAACAAUGUUCAAUUCUGUAAAAUAAAACUUAUUUUGAUAC